AAGGAAAGCACCUUCUGUCUUUCUGUCCAUCCGACUGUGCGUCUCUGUAUCACAACGGCGUUCGUCAUUCUGGCGUUUACACCAUCGUCCUGUCGCCCGGCGCCACCCUGCCCGUCUACUGCGACAUGGAGACGGAGGGCGGGGGCUGGACGGUGUUUCAGCGGCGGCGUGACGGUUCGGUGAGUUUUAACCGCGGCUGGUCGGAGUACCGCGACGGUUUCGGCGAGCUGCGAGGAGAGCACUGGCUGGGCAACCAACAGCUCCACCUGCUGUCCAACCAGGGACACUACAGCCUCCGCAUCGAGCUGCAGGACUGGAGCCACGCCCACAGACACGCCCUCUACCACACCUUCAGGAUCGAGAACGAGGAAAACCGGUUCCGCCUCCACGUGUCUGGUUUCAGCGGGACGGUGGAGGAUUCGUUCGGUUGGUACCACGACCAGCGUGGCUUCAGCACGCCGGACACCGGAAACAUCUGCGCCGAGAUCAGCCACGCCGGCUGGUGGUUCCACCAGUGUUUCCACGCCAACCUCAACGGCGUCUACUACAAGGGCGGGCGCUACUCGCUGCGAGCUCAGAACCUGCUCGGGCCGGACGGCAUCGUCUGGUUCUCCUGGAAAGAGUCGGACUUCUACUCUCUGAAGGCCGUCACCAUGAUGAUACGACCACGCAACUUCAGGCCACGCCUGUCGCCAUAGUAACAGAACAGUCUACUGCCGCCGUAAAUACCUACAGGAGUACUAAACACGUAUUAAUCCGCUGCUGAAAAUAGACCCCAACAAAUCACCACCUGCACGAGCUAACUUUGCUUAUUAAAGAGUCCAGCUUUUUAAAAAGAAAUAAAAAUAAAACCUCGUAUUUGACAUCCGUUUUUUUAAAGAUUUGAACCUUCAGUAGGAACCAAACAGCUGAGAGGCACAGACACGAAGUCCAAAAAAAAGCUUAAAACAUGGAUGAGUCUUAGAAUUUAAAGGAAUACUUCACCCAAAAAAUUACAGUUUUUAAAAAUCAUUUCGUCACACUUUUCUGCUUAAAGUUAGUUAAGAAAACGAGUUUCCACCACAGAAAAAAAUCUAAUUGUUUUAUCGAACUUCUGUACAAAAUACUUUUCUAAAUCUACUAAUUUCUCGCAGUUUCUGAGAUGUAAUAUUUCAGAACACACAAACA